CCCUAAACAAAGCAGCGUCUAUCUCCUACCCUGUUCGCUCCUCCAUCUUCUAAACCAAACAGGCGACUGACAGAUCUUCUUUCAUUCUACGAUUCAGCAGCAUUGAGGGAAGGUAAGGUUCAAUCAGCCAGCAGAAUGCAAUUGGAGGAAAAAGUAGCAUCAAUCAGCAAAUCCACCCGUCUUCCACGAAAACGGUUUUACCGAGCACGAGCUCAUAGCAACCCGUUAAGCGAUUCCCAUUUCCCAGUCCCCACUUCCCCUCUCCAUCUAGAUUACUCCCUUCACUUUCCCGAUUCUCCUCAAGCCAGCUCCUCCGAAAAGAAGAUAGAAUUUGCAGAUAUCGGUUGUGGCUUCGGAGGACUUUUGAUCAGUCUUGCAACCCUCUUCCCCGAUACCCUAAUGAUCGGAAUGGAGUUGAGAGACAAGGUAACAGAAUACGUCAAACAACGUAUUCUAGCUUUGCGUCUUUCAAACCCCGGCCAAUACCAGAAUGUAUCCGUUGUUAGAACCAAUUCCAUGAAAUACAUUCCCAAUUACUUUGAAAAAGCACAGCUUUCCAAGAUGUUUUUCUUGUUCCCGGACCCGCACUUCAAAGAAAAGAACCAUCGUAGGCGUGUGAUUAGCCCGUUUUUGUUAGAUGAAUAUGCGUAUGCUAUUAAGCCUGGUGGGAUUAUAUACACUGUAACUGAUGUGGAAGAGCUUGGAGAGUGGAUGAAGUCAUGUUUGGAAAAUCAUCCCAUGUUCGAAUCGCUCAGUGAAGAAGAACUUGAAGCUGAUCCGGUGGUGAAGUUGUUGAGUUGUGCAACUGAAGAAGGGCAAAAGGUGUCGAGAAAUGGUGGGCAGACUUUCAAAGCAGUUUUUAGGCGUAUUAUUGUCCUCCUCAAAGAUUGAAAUAUGAUUGGCUGAUCUAGAUUCGCUUCAUCUGUAUGGCCGAAUUUGCAAAAAUGGGCUGAACUUGAAAGAAAUUGAGUAGGCCAACGAAUGAAGUUCAAACUUCAUCUGACAAUGAGAAAGAAACUUCACCAAAUUUUCAUGAUCAAAAUUUUGUAAUGAACAUGUAGGAUCAAAAUUUU